GAUGAAAAUGAAAAUUCUAUUAAACCAACACAUUGUUAUUAUUAUUAUUAUUAUUAUUAUUAUUAUUAUUAUUAUUAUUAUUAUUAUUAUUAUAUUUAUGACUGUAGGUGUGGUGGAUUACCUGGCUACUGAAGUCUCGACGUCCAAGCAGAAAAAGUUCAGUCUGGUCACCUUCAUAGACACGCCUGGUCUAGUUGAUGGAGACAUGAAGUACCCGUUUGAUGUCAACAAGGCUAUCACCUGGUUAGGUGACACAGCUGACCUCAUCUUCGUCUUCUUUGACCCUAUUGGCCAGGCCCUGUGUAAGCGGACUCUCAACCUGGUAGAGAUCUUGAAUGACAAGCACGCAGACAGGAUCAAGUUUUACCUGAGCAAGGCUGAUGAGGCAGGCCACGAGAGCGACAGACAGAGAGUCAUGAUGCAGAUAGUGCAGGAGUUGUGCAAGAGACCAGGCUUGAACAGGACUGGCUUUGAUAUGCCCACCAUCUACAUCCCAACCAUGAACCAGAAAGGCAGCCGCUGCGCCAACCAGAUAGAGGAGGUGUGCAAGGAGAUUGAGAAGACCAUCAACCAGACCAUCCAGAACACCCUCAACUCCCUGGAGAGAGACUGUGACCAGAUCUCCCAGCUGGUAGAGGACAAACUCAGACAGGACAGCCUGUGUGGCUCACGUAAUUUACGUGCCAGGUUCCGGGGAGUGUGUUACGGGAUGGUGGGCAUGGUGCUUCCCCUUUUGCUUCUGGCAACUUUUUUGAUCAGCUCAUCUCAUGCUACCCUCAACUCCUGGCUGGGCCAGAGCACCAUGGUCACUCUGGAUAUAUAUUUGGGACCUUUAAGUUCUGCCUGGAGAACUGUGCCCAAGGAGUACACCCACUACAUCAUCACUGCAAUCCUGGGGCUGGCACUCUUGAUGCUGCUUGUGGCCAAGCUGUCCUCCAGAACCCUGCCCACGCUGACCAGAAAGCAGAAAAAGAAGCUGUCGGAGAUCUGUGAUUAUGUACAGACCACAGUGAAAAGCAAGAAGCAAACCUUGUACCAGGAGUACCUGCAGCAGAGUGUGGCCGAGCAUGACCUCUAA